AUGCCUCGCCAGGCUGCCCCGAGCUUAGUGGUGGGGGAGGGAGGCGGGCCCCAGGGGGCCUCGGGGGCGGCGGCCACCAUGCUGCGCUCCCUGCUGCUCCACUCCCUGAGGCUGUGCGCCCAGACCGCCUCGUGCCUCGUGCUCUUCCCGCGCUUCCUCGGCACGGCCUUCAUGCUCUGGCUCCUCGACUUCCUGUGCAUCCGCAAGCACUUCCUGGGCCGCGGCCGCCGGGGUCAGCCCGAGCCCGAAAUGGAGCUCAACAGCGACGGCGAGGAGGUGCCCCCCGACGACCCGCCCAUCUGCGUGUCCGACGACAACCGCCUGUGCACCCUGGCGUCGCUGAAGGCGGUGUGGCAUGGCCAGAAGCUGGAUUUCUUCAAGCAGGCGCACGAGGGCGGUCCGGCGCCCAACUCGGAGGUGGUCCUGCCCGAGGGCUUCCAGAACCAGCGCAUCCUCGACUUCGCGCGAGGGAACCGCCCGCUGGUGCUCAAUUUCGGCAGCUGCACCUGACCGCCGUUCAUGGCGCGCAUGAGCGCCUUCCAGCGCCUGGUCACCGAGUACCAGCGCGACGUGGACUUCCUCAUCAUCUACAUAGAGGAGGCGCACCCCUCUGACGGCUGGGUGACCACGGACUCCCCCUACAGCAUCCCGCAGCACCAGAGCCUGGAGGACAGGGUCAGCGCGGCGAGGGUGCUGCAGCAGGGUGCCCCCAGCUGUGCGCUGGUGCUGGACACCAUGGCCAACUCCAGCAGCUCAGCCUAUGGCGCCUACUUCGAGCGCCUCUACGUGGUCCAGAGCGGCACCAUUAUGUACCAGGGGGGCCGCGGCCCAGAUGGCUACCAGGUCUCUGAGCUGCGCACCUGGUUGGAGCACUACAAGGAGCGGCUGUGCAGCCCCCAGCCCGGUGGGGUGUAGAACAAGCAAGGGUGACUGCCUGGACUGGGGGCGGGGCCUUGGACGUUGGAAGGCCAGUGUGCAGGCCCCCAGUCAGGCUGGGGUGUG